UGGAGUGGCACAAAGCGCUUGUAAGACUCACCGUAGGCGGGCGGUGACGCCGCAGCGGGCCAUGACGAUAGAGCUCCGCUGCCUUCGGUCACCUUCAACUUUAGAGUAGGCCAACCACCCUGACAAACCAGCUGCCUCUCAUCACUUUUCCUUCUUUUUUCUCUUACUUGCUUCCUGGCGAUGAGUGUGACGGAUCGAUCUUUCUUCCCUUGAUUUCAGAGUCCCUUACCAUAACCCCGUCGAAAUGCCUCCCUCAAAGCCCAUCAUCCUGCGGUUCGAGAGCCGCAAUGGCCAGUUCCGCUUGACGGUGAGCCCUACAGAGCUCUUCCCUGCAUUGCAGCAAAAGAUCCUAGAGCAACUACCGGACAAUGUCGAACCUUCUUCCAUCGUCCUUUCCAACAAACCUAUAGGCACAGGUGGGCAGGAGAGGAACUUGAGCACUCUACAAGGAGUAUCGAUAGAGAGAGUUGGGUUAUCGCAUGGAGACAAGCUCUUCAUCGGCUAUCAGGAAAAGGGAUCGUUGGCGAACGGCGCUGCAAAUGGCAGUACCAAAUUUGCCCAAACGGAAGCCCGUCGUCUCAAUGGAGCUCCCGUGGAGGAGAAGACUAUCACACUACCCCCGCAGCCCACAUCGCCAUCCGCUCUCAUCAAGAAUCCCUGGGAAGUCGUACAGCAGUCGGCCCUUGAUGACAUGAUGGACAAGAAAGAUGGAAAGAUCCACCGUGGUCGGGACCAGAAGAUGUGCCGCCACGGCCCCAAAGGCAUGUGUGACUACUGCAUGCCGCUCGAACCCUACGCCCCUCAGUAUCUCGCCGAAAAGAAGAUCAAACACCUAUCCUUCCACUCCUACCUGCGCAAGAUCAACCUCUCGACCAACAAACCCGAACUCAAGAGCACAUACAUGCCGCCGCUCAGCGAACCGUAUUACCGAGUAAAACGGAACUGUCCGUCGGGACACCCUCAGUGGCCAGAAGGAAUCUGUACGAAGUGUCAGCCUAGCGCCAUUACACUAAAACCUCAAGAAUUCCGAAUGGUAGACCACGUCGAGUUCUCAUCUCCGGAUCUGAUUAACUCCCUGCUGGACUACUGGCGGAAAUCUGGUGCUCAGCGGUUGGGUUUUCUUUACGGUACCUACGAGGAGUACACUGAAGUCCCUCUAGGCAUCAAGGCUGUAGUUCAGGCUAUCUAUGAGCCACCACAAGUUGGUGAAAUAGAUGGAAUCACACUACAUGACUGGACCAACGAAAAGGAAGUCGACGAAGUUGCUCGGUUAUGCGGCCUCCAGAAGGUUGGGGUAAUAUUUACGGACUUGCUUGAUGCGGGACAAGGGGACGGCACCGUCAUCUGCAAGCGUCACAUGGAUUCAUAUUUCCUUUCUUCGUUGGAGAUUGCUUUCGCCUCCCGGCUACAGGCCAAACAUCCAAAAGCAACAAAGUGGAGCGAGACUGGUCGUUUUGGCUCUAACUUCGUCACUUGCGUGCUCAGUGGAGAUGAAGAGGGUGCCAUCACAAUCAGUGCUUAUCAAGCUUCAAAUUCAGCCGUCGAGAUGGUGAGGGCUGAUAUAGUCGAGCCGUCUGCGGACCCGUCAGUAAUGCUUGUCCAGUCAGAGGAUGACGAGGACGAAGGCAGCAAGGUCCGCUAUAUUCCAGAGGUGUUUUACCGCCGGAUUAAUGAAUACGGCGCCAGCGUUCAAGAAAACGCGAAACCCAGUUUCCCGGUUGAAUACUUGCUAGUGACUUUGACCCAUGGAUUCCCCACAGAAUCUUUCCCCAUGUUUGUUGAUAGCAAUUUCCCUAUCGAGAACCGCGGAGAGAUUGGCGAAAGCCAGGAGCUUCGACAUGUUGCCAGAAAGCUCGUCUCUCAUGGAGAUCCUGACAGAGCCAUUCGUGCAGUAUCGGACUUCCACCUUCUCUGCUUCCUGCAUUCUCUUGGCACUUUUAGCAAGGAUGAGGAAUCACUCUUGUGCCGAGUUGCCGCUAAGCAGGAACCCGCGGAAGGACUGCAAUUGAUAAACACACCCGGAUGGGCGACAUUAGUUACAAUACUUCAGGAGAGCGGUGAGCGGCCCCCCAAGCGCCCUUGGCCCUUCCCAGAUCAAAAUUCUUUGCCGUCAUUUCAUGGCAAAAAGCGUCACCUUUCUGCUGCGUCGAGAUCCGAAUCUCCAUCAGACAGUGAACAACUUGCUAAGAGGUUUAAGGGAGCUAGCCUAGAGUGAUCCGUGAUACCCACGCCGCUACGAACAUAUGCUUCGCUCCGUUCUCCGAUUUGGCAGAUAUUGUCACGACCCUUCCCCGGGGA